AACGAGAAGAACGAGACAACUGUUUUUGCCGUGCCGCUAAUGGACGCCGCUCGUUUGAUGCGAUAAGCACCUGCGUUGUGUUUGUUGCGACGACCCGUUGCGGAGCGCUGAAGACACGACGAGCCACGGAGUUCGCAAAAAUGUCCGCGCUCUUGGCCCAACUCGGGGGAAACCCCUUCAACACGGCCGUGGGCCAGAAGAUAGAGCAAGCGACAGAUGCCUCGCUGGCUUCAGAGAAUUGGGCACUCAACAUGGAGAUAUGCGACAUCGUGAACGACACCGAUGAAGGGCCAAAGGAUGCAAUCCGCGCUAUACGCAAGAGGCUCAUGCAGAAUGCGGGCAAGAACUACACAGUAGUCAUGUACGCUCUCACCGUUCUGGAGACUUGCGUGAAGAACUGUGGCCGUCGGUUCCACCUGCUGGUGUCGCAAAAGGACUUCAUCCAGGACCUGGUCAAGAUGAUUGGCCCCAAGAACGACCCACCCACCGCCGUGCAGGAGAAGGUGCUCAGCCUUAUACAGUGUUGGGCGGAUGCAUUCCGCACACACCCGGACAUGCAGGGCGUUGUCCAGGUGUACACCGACCUGAAGAACAAGGGUGUCGAGUUUCCCAUGACGGACCUGGACUCCAUGGCACCCAUCUACACACCACAGAGGAUUGGCGGAGCAGCACAAGAAUCACGGACAAAUAGAGACAGCGUUCCAUUGACGGCACUGCCACCCACGACACUGCCUCGGGUGAACCCAUAUGCGGCCCACGGCCGACCCGUGGCCCAGAGUGAGGUGGAGUCGGGAGCGCUUCCGCCAAGCCCCGUGGGUCUGACGCCCGAGCAGCUGAACAAGCUGCGCAAGGAGCUGGACAUCGUCCAGCGCAACAUGACCGUCUUCGGCGAGAUGCUGACCGAACUGGUGCCCGGUCAGGAGCAACGCAGCGAGUGGGAGCUGCUUCAGGAGCUGCAGAAAACGUGCCAUGCCAUGCAGACGAGAGUGGUGGAGCUCAUCAACAAGGUGGCCAAUGAGGAAGUCACAGGGGAGUUACUUCGAAUCAACGAUGACAUGAACAACCUGUUUCUGCGUUAUGAGCGCUUUGAGAAGCGGAGGACGGCCAUUGUCACGGGACAGGCCAAGGACACCUCUGCCACAGCCACUGUACAGAACGAGAACUCCUCCGCCGCAGAUGCAGCACCUCUCAUCGACCUGGGUGAGCCAGAUGUAACCAGUGAUCUCCAGAAGCUUGCGUUGGGACCUGCUGGGACUGGAGGGGCAGGUUCAAACCCGGCGGCCAAACCCUCGGGCGACGAGUUUGACAUGUUUGCGCAGUCCCGGCACAGCAGCGACACAAAGCCCAGUGGCAGCACGUACGCUGACAACACCAACAUUGACCAGCUUGCAGUCGGUCUCGGGGCACUUGCCCAAGUCAGAGGCCAGAAGGUGGAAGCGGAAACCCUUCAUGAGAGCCACAGAGAGAGAGACUUUGACGAGAUGGAAGAGUGGCUAAGGGAAAAGCCUUCCGAGACUGGACAGGAGUCAAUUACCAGCACAGAGUUCGACCGGUUCCUAGCAGAACGAGCAGCUGCGGCGGAACGGCUUCCUCCCGUGACCGCGGCAUCCACAACGGCAACGGCGACAUCCAUCGGUGGACCCACCAUGCCACCCGCGCCUCCACCGUCCCGGAAUCGCGUGGAGCGGGACGAGAAAACGGAGAACAGCUUGUUCGCUUUGUAGACAUAGGGAUAUAGAAGUUAGGGGAGGUCGGUCAUGAGAGGGAAGUGACGUUUCCGGAAACAACUCGAUGUGGUCGACUGUAGAUGUGGUCAUGUAAAGUUGAAGAAGUGAAAAACAAAAAUGUGCGACACUGGCCAGCACAGUGUUGUUGGGUUGGCGGAGUUUUGUGCAUGGCAUUUUGUGGACAGAUUUAUUUUUUUGAAGUCUCUGCGUUACGACUAUUCCACGACGGGAGUAAUUUAGGUGGUGUCGGGCAGUUGAAAUUACUUCUGUUGAUGCUACCGCUCACUUUUGGUGGGGCACGGGUUAGCACCACGUUUUUUUGGUGUCGACCAUGAACUUUGUAUACAGGAAAGCGUGAUACAAUAGCAGCCGUAUCUCUCGUAACUUUGGCAGAUCAGUUCUUUUUUUUUUUUUUCGUUUAGCUGAGCUGUGGCCAGAAGAAGCUUUAGUUUUAUUCAUUUCGUAAAAACCUUAUCAGGCCUCAAAGGCUUUCUACAGAGCGCAUGAAAAAAAAAAAAAAAAUGAAGGUGCCUGUAAUCAGUAUACCAUACACACUGACAUCUUCAGUUCCUAGGUAGGCAGUGGGUGUCUGUUUAAAAAUCUAACUUUUCUUAACACAUUUGCAAGGCACUUUUGAGUCCUAAGGUGUCUGUGUGAUGGCAUAAGAGGUGUGAAUUUCUUGAUGUAAUUGUAAGCCUUUGUUAAAAGAAAACCAGCCAAGUUGUUUGGAGGACUUUGUUAGGGUGUUAAUACAGGAUGAUCAAAAUGUAACAUAAAAAUCAUUUGGAAACUUUAGACCAGAACAGGAUGCAGAGUUUACAGAAAUGCACACAAUCAAAUUGGUUUAUUUUAAUCACAAAUUAAGUUAUACCCAAAGCAGUUGCAUUUGCUUUCAAGAGGUGGCACAUCUGUGGCCCAACUGAAGUGUCACUUGUUGAUGACUAUUGUAACCAUGGCUAAAAGACGUCAUUUAUUUUCUUAAAAACUUUUUUUUUUGUGCAAUUCUAAGAAAACGGCAUCUUGCUGCAGUCCAUAUUCUACAAAUUAUUCAAAUAUUACUUUUUCUAUUGCUUUUUGAUCACCCUGUGUGUAUAUACGUCUUGUUCGCAAUGGAAACCCUGCAACCAUGCUAAGCAGUGCUGUCUCGAUGCAAGACAUGAUUUAUGCAUAAUGUGGGCUUUGAUCAAGGGCACACUGCUGGGACUACCGUGUAAUGGUCGUGUCUCUGGUUUUUUCAAAUGUUCUUGGUGUUCUGCCUAGCCAGCCUGUAUCUAAGACUUUACUGACAGCGGGUAAUGCUGCGAUGUCCCUUGAGAAUCAGACUUGGCAUGAAAGAAAUGUCAUCAUCUUUGUGUGAUUGGAGGUUUAACAAUGUACAUAGCUGCAAUUUCAUGCCAUGAAGUGGCUGCGGCGCCGUUCCUUAAAAUGUAGUAGUUCGUCUUGAAUGCGAGCUGGGAUGCUGUUUUAAGAUGCUGACAAAAUAGGACGUCAUAUUCUAGAGUGGCAUUAUGACAAAGGGCAAGGUGAUAAACACUUGUCCAUAAUUGAGCUUCUUUAUUUAUCUUUUUAUUUUUAGUAAGCGGCAUUUUUUUGCAUUUUUGUCAUUCAAGAGGCAUGCUAGAACUCAUUGCUGUGGUAUGCUGAAAAGUCUUUAAUAUAAUGUUCCUGGCAUUGUUAAGAAAACAGCAGUGCAACUGAGAGAAGCAUUUUGAUGUAGGCUAGUUGGUUUCAAGUUGAGAGCUACGUUUUUACUCGUGCCGCUCUCAGAAAAGAAUGUGUCAUACUCGGGCAUGUGUCGAGGUCCCUGUGGUUCCCCCUGUUCAUGAACUACAAGUAUGGUGAGAGGUGUCAUUUUUAUAUUAAAGUAGAGCGUUAGUAAACGAAGUCUCCAAAGAUGCUUAUUAUACGAGAAAAGGGGGCCAUCUGAAUGUUCAAUUACCAGUGUUUGCCGCCAUAGUUGUAUAAACUCGGAAAUUUUACGACUUAACAUGUAUCAUGGAGAAUCUUCUAUGUUUGUUCACAAGCGGUGCCAUUUUGGCAGACUGCCAUGACACUCGUGACAUGCGUGAAGCCACACAUAGUUUCGACAACCAAAACAGAGAAAGGGGACUGCGAUGACCGGUGAAUAAAAUGUUGCGUCUGUGUUAAUAACUUGCUCACAAGUGACAUUUGACAACUCUGGUGGAACAAGGUUGCACACUAGCAACUCGCAACCACAGCUUGCGAUAGUAAGUUUUCAAGUCUUGCUUGGAUUUUGCACCUGCGUUUGCAGAGUCUUUCUGAGGUGGCUGUUUGUGUUGCAUUCCAUUGAAGCAGCAGAAAGUGUGUGGAAACUGUCAAAGUGCCAAGGCAUUGGUUCUUUGUGUCAUUCUUGCAAAAUUACAAUCUGAGCUCUCGCAUAAGGAGUAUUUGCAAUUAUGUGCAUGUCGAUUAGUCUUGAGUGUCAUUAUUGCCUUGAUUGCAACGUAAGAUGGGCAGGCAAGUUUUGAAGUCAGUCUGCAUAAAAAACAUUGGAUUCUUGUUUUUUCUUUCUUUGUUUGGCACUCUGUUCUCUUCCUUCAAUGUAGCGUUUGUGACAAACGCUUCUUCUUCCUAUUUCUUUCAUAGCAGACUGUGAUCUCUUUGGUUGUGGCAAUACCAGUUGUGGGCUGCUAUUUUUCUUAAGGUUAUAUACCUGCUGCCACACGCGGUGAACUUUCUUUUGAGAGCUGUGUUCUUUCAGUGGCAUUGAACUUUUGGCAUUGCUUAGUUCCUAUGAACAGUGUUGAGCUUCAUUAGCAUUAUAAACGGUCGUUCCUGC